AUGAGCCGCUACGGCGACUACUAUACCUAUGGUGGUGGGCGCAAUGGAGGCUCACCCUACACCAGUCACAUUGUCGAUCCCUACGCGCGCAAUCUUUCGAGCCAGUUCGAAUACAUCGACGCCGAUCAUGACAUAUUACACGACGCCCAUCGGCCAACAAUAGCAAAACCCCAGGACAACACUCCUUACGAUGACCCCGAAGCACCUGAUUUGAUCCUGGUACGGUACAUGGCUUCCGUCAUCCCGGUCCAGUUUCCCGCCUACUCGAUUAGCGAAGAAAAGGCGUAUGUUGGCCAGUUGCGUGAGGCCGUGGCACGGGCAUUGUCGACGGAUCCCAGAAGAGUCAGGCUGGUCUACAAAAAGCGCGAUCUGAAACAUGAUUCAUGGCCAUUGAGAAAAUAUAACAUGAAGCAAAACAGUGAGGUGGCCGCCAUCAAGACUGAAGGUGUGCUCGACUACAGUGACCGGGACAGCCCAUCAUCCAGUGAUCAGGAAUCGGUAGCAAGUCAGAACCCUCGAAGACGGCCUCGCGCCUUAUCAUCGGUCAGAGAUCGAAGCAACGACCAAAUACCUACUCAAAAAUCGCCUAUUUCGUCGAAUUUCCUGUCUCCUAAUGGCCAUAUCCCCUCUACUGGCGACUCCGAGAGACAAACUCGUGGCAGUCUAAGGCCUGAUGUCGACGACAGGACAUAUCGGCGAGAACCGUCACGAACACGUGGUACAUCACCACGCCCAACUACGACGGCAACACCGUCAGCCCCGUCGGCCAGAGUAUCUGCGGAUCCCAAUACUCCUCUGGGGAAGUUACAGGCCCUUUCGGAUACCUUCCAUGAUCAGUGGCUACCCCUCUGUCAAAAGUUUAUCUCCAAUCCCCCUUCGAAUCCUCAGGAUAGGGAGAAAGAGCAUCGCAAGUUGAGCGAGAGUAUCAUGCUACAUGUUUUGCUCAAGGCGGAUGCCAUUGACGUUGACAAUUCAGAGGCCAGAGCGUUCAGAAAGGCCCUGAUCAAUGAGACUAACGACACAAUGAAGAGAUUGGAUGCGGUUGCGAAAGCGUGA